UAAUUUACUUUAGGAUUUGGCAAAAUCUAUAUUUAAAGCAAUGACGAAACUCCGAACGCUGUGGAUGUAGCCAAUAUAAAGCGGAAGUCCAACAGUUUUGGCAUUAAUAUAGAUCUAAAGGAAAUUCUAAUCAAGAUCACCAGAGGAUCGUCGUUGCAGACAGCUCUUGACGCAAGUAAAACAAAAAAAGAUUCAGCAACUAUGACAAGCACAGACAACCUAGCCCAGUACUUUGACGUCAAUGGCUACGUCAGCGGACUUGAUGUUCUGAGCCCCCAGGAGGUCUUGGAGAUGAGGGCUAACUUUGACAAGGUGGAAAAAGACAUAGGCCAAGAGAACGCUACAUACUCCCUCCACAACAAACACCUGACGGAUGAGUGGGUUCUCCGUUUGACUUCUCACCCCAACAUGUUAAAACCAUUGAAAGCUGUCCUAGGACCGAAUCUUAUUUUGCUGGACUCGCGUUUCAUAUGCAAGUAUCCUGUUGGGAAAGACGAAGAGAAGGAAGCUUUCGUUGCUUGGCACCAGGAUGUGAGGUAUUGGGGUGUUGAGGGGGAUGUGGUCAGCGUGUGGCUAGCCAUUGACGACGCAGACGUGGACAAUGCUUGUAUGCAGGUUAUUCCAGGUACACACAAGUCCGGUCUCUUAAAGCACAUCACAGAGGCCAAGGAAGGCAACCUACUAACUUCCAACCAGUCCAUCCCUGAGAAUUUGUACGACGUCAACAAAGCAGUGCACUGUCCGCUCAAAGCCGGACAGAUGUCCCUCCACCACGGCCUCCUUGUCCACGGGAGCGGUACGAACAGGUCCACCCGCCGCAGGUGCGGCUACGUCAUUCGUUACGUGUCCACUCAAGCCAAGCCUAUAGUGGAUGCAGACAGGCCCAGAUCAUUCCCAGCCACGGUGCUAGUCUGCGGCGUCAACGAACCUGCCAACUUUGAAGACCAUGCUCCUGAGUGGUUCACGUGGAGGAAUAUGUAAUCCGGUCUUAAAUCAACAUAGGCUCUUUAAAAAAAAAAACAUACAUCUUGUUUGUUUUGGAAGAAAUUUUGGGACAAGAGCUUUGAUUAGUUGAAAUAUAUCAGCCUAAAUGGUACAACAAAAUUAACUUAAGAUGAAGGGAAAGUAAGGUUUGUGAGUUUUGAGCUUUUUUUUUUUGGCACAUCGGCACACUUUAGGCCAUGUCGUGCCCGUAAUCCCUAAAAGGUUACUCUCCCUUCAUACAAUAAUCGAGGUUUUAAAUUUGUUUUUGUGUGUUGAUGACGCUAUGACCACCAUGAUACAGAUAGGCAGAGUAAAGGUACUAAAAAUAUAAACAUCUUUUUAAAUGUUUGCAUAAUUGUAAUGUUUAUAAUAUGCUUUGUUUUAUAACAUUUUUAUGGAUUUUAACCGCUGUUCUUAAAUAUUUAUUGCAAUAUAUUUUGUCAAUUAAGAUAUGGGAGAUUAUUAUUGGUGCAUAAGUCUUUCUUUUUCACACUAAAUGCAAUAUAAAUUUAAUUUAAAGUAUUUUUAUCUGCUUUGAAUGUAGAAUGCACGAUUAUAAAUUUAGAAUUGAAUGCCAGACAGUGUGAAAGAAAAUUACAGGAUCAAAUCUCACCUAGUAAGCUGAUAGAUAAGAAUCAGUAUAAAAAAUAUUUGGCCUGUUUGGUUUAUUCACGUAAGACAAUUGUAAAUAGUAAAAAUUGCCUCUAUACAGAAUUGUCUUGUAAAGGGAGAUAAAUGUAUGCACGCUGAUUAAUGCACAUGUAUAGAAAAUAGAUUUUUUUAACAAAA